AUGAUUACUAAGACUUUUAGACCAGAUUCAGAAAUUUAUCAAAAUUUGCCAAUAUUUGUACAUCUAUCUAUCUAUCUAUCUAUCUAUCUAUCUAUCUAUCUAUCUAUCUAUCUAUGUGAAGUUGAAACUAUUUUUAACCAAUUCUUUCUUUCUUUCUUAAUAUCACAUCUAUCUAUCUAUCUAUCUAUCUAUCUAUCUAUCUAUCUAUCUGUAUGUUUCUUCCAAUAUGAAUAUUUGCUGAUUUCUCAUUCUUUUACUUUAGCCAAGGAAAAUAUUUUAACCAAUUCUUUCUUUCUUUCUUUCUUUCUUUCUUUCUUUCUUUCUUUUUUCUUUCUUUCUUUCUUAAUAUCACAUCUAUCUAUCUAUCUAUCUAUCUAUCUAUCUAUCUAUCUAUCUAUCUAUCUAUCUAUCUAUCUAUCUAUGCCUAUAUCUUUCUUUCUAUGUCUAAUUAUUGUAAUCUACCCACGUCUGUUUAUAAUUGCUAAUUCUUCUUUCUCUGUCACAUAUGUAUGUAUGUAA